AUGAGCUACCGUCCAAUCCCAGACCUGUUCACCAUCGUUGACGGUCAAUUUCAUCAUAUAACGCUGCACUGGCAGUUUGAUCUAGCCAGGAGGUCAGGCGACCAAAUCUGUUACUGGAAUGAAAUCAUCGGGCAGCUUUUCGUCUACGGUCUACCCGGAGAGUUCCCCUACGAACCUGCGGUCGCCCGCGGUCCGGUGAGAAUCUUCAUCGACGUCACCAACCGCCCAGCCGUCCUCCCGCCCGGCUUCUGGGCCACUGAGAGGGUCCUCAUUGGCCCUUCUUGGGGUCUGCCGGGCUGGCACCCCUGGUUUCCGACAGACCCUCUGUUCCUGAGCACCGAGAGAUCUCUUGGAGGACGUCCUGGGACAGUGGGCGACCUGCGCUGGUGCGGUACCUGCGGCAAGUGGCUCUUGGCCCCUUACUUCUUCGACCACGAUGGUGCCCGCGCGAAUUCGCGCACCUGCAACCGGUGUGUUAUGCGCCGAGACCUCCGUUCUCGGGCGUACAAUACGAGGGACGCCUGGCUUGUGGCCAAGCAGCCGACGAUGAUGUGGCUUCGCCCCGGCGAAGCGGGCUACGACCACUAG